GGACCAAGAAAUACAACAGCAAUAAUUCUAUUGCACUUCGUUUCACCCCCGAUGCUCAACGCAGCAGUCCUGAAAGGCACGGACCUUGGCCACCUUGGCUCCGCACGAGGUGCAAAAGUGUUCCGUUUCCUUGCACGAAUCCGACACAAGAGGGACCCAGCAGAGAGGCCAAAAGACACCCGUCAUGAUUCCGAAGGCAACCCAGGUUUUGCACGAGGGCUUGGUGACCACUCUCGUCCUGGAGGCGCGGUGGCAGUUGGGACACUCCCUCAUAUUCAUGGGGAAGCGCGAGACCGUGGGAUCACUGUCCAAAUAAUUGUUGGUGCAAGAAUUGGAAGAGGGGGGAGCUGUGGCCGGUGGUUUGGAGGCGGCGGCGGCACAGCAGCCUCCUCCGCUGGAGGUAGCUGUAGCAACAGGUUCCACAGGUGCCGAAGCCUGGUUAAGGUGCUGAUUUAAUUGCUGGUAUUCGGUCGCGACUGCAUCAUCCGUGACAAGAGUCGCUACGGGUAGAUCCUCCGUCGGUUGCGCAUAUCCAGCAUUUGCCAUUUCUGUGUUGUUAUAUGGUUUGGUUGCAAGCAACAACAGCAAAAUAUUAUCAUGCGGAGAGCAGAAUACAGCACAUAGCAGAUUGCAUCACAAUUAGUGAACGAAAUGAGAAUUGAAAACAAGAUAUAUAUGAAAUAAGUUUGCCGAUGCCAAAUUAUUUUCAUUCCCCGGCGUCCCUUGUCAUAUUCAUGAACAGGGAAGACGCAACAAAUCUACGCACCCUUGUUGUUUCCAAACCAACUCAUUCUUGAUUAUGCCUCGUCUCAGGAAUGAUAUGAUGAGUUGUGAAGCCAAAGAUCUGCUCGCAAGGAUAUGUUCCCGUUUUUUUUCUUGUUCAGUUUUGAUGGAUUAAUUGGGUCGAUAAACGUCACUGCUCGCUUUUGAUUGGCAAGUUCUUUUUUUCUUCUUUUAUUUGAGCUCCGGUAGAGAGGGAGAAUUAAUCUUGCUCUGUCGGUCCGUCGAAGCACAGUAGUAUUAUGGAUGAUUUGUUUGGAAUAAAAUUGCAGUUCGAUUCGUUUCGUUUCGUUUCGUUUCAGUUGUUUUAAGAGAAUCGAGAUCGGCGAUAUCGAAGGGCGGUAUGUUCGAAGAUGUGAUAUCCGUAGAAUGGUUCAAGCUCCGUUUCACAUCUGAUGCCUUUCGAUAACGAAAGGCACGUCUUCCUUGGCCUCCGUGAACUGGAAGGAGGACGACUCGUACGAGCAUGAGCACGUUCCAUUAGUAGCACCUAAUUCGCAAAGUACACUACAGUACGUACAUAGUACCGUACUACCUACCGUGUGCGAAAGAUUCCAUUCCAGAAUUCUGGCAUCUGGAAAGCCGGCAGGCGUGCAAAAUCGAUUGUGAUUGAUAUUUUUUCAGAAAGCACGACUAAUUUACCGGACGGCAGUGCAGUAUUGCGAUUUCUACCUCUACGUAUUACGGUACCUCACGUAGGUUCUCUUCUGUAGAAAGAGUACGUAAUUUUGUAGAAGUAUUUUGUAUUUUCCAAUACUGUACUGUAGUUACAGACACACUGUAUGCAGUAUGCAGGGGUCUUAACUAUUACUUAUGAUCAUUGCGUAUGUUAGUAUUGAUAUAGUAUGUAUGAUAUGCAUGUAGGUAUGGAUAGGUGGUGCGUCCAUCGUCCAUUACGUUGUACGGUACGUUAUGUUGUCCGUUACAGAAUGAACUACAGUUAGUUCGUACGAGUACCGUACGUAAGGAACGAACCGUACAUCACCCCUGCAAUACGUACUGUACCACUCCUAUGUACUACCGUACGUAUCCAUAACAUACAGUACUUCGGACUUCGGUGGCUGGAGACAUCGUACGUACUAGUACGCUGGUACGUACGUAAGAUACUCAUUCUACCGACUGAGUUGUCUUUUUCUCUCUUCCAUCGUCGUCGCAUUGCGUUGCGUUGCAACGACAGUCUAUCAAUUUUCAUACUCGUCGUCGUAGAAGUGUACGUACGGUACGGUACCACGAGUUCUAGAAACGUAACGUCUUUGGCAUUAUCGAGAUUCGUCCAUCGAGCUGCACAAGGCGGAACUACGGAAGUACAGUAUGCUGUCUUCUAUCCUCCGGAGACCGACGUCCGUGCCACCAUCCGCACCGAUAUCAAAGUUGCGACGAACCUGCCCGAAAAUCAAGAGCUAUUCCCCGCUCUUGUUCCUCUCGCUCAUUUCUGCCUCCAAUACCUUCGCAACAAUGAGCGCCGCAGCAACCUACAGCCCUCCGUCCCUCAGCGGCAAACCCCAGAGUUCCCUGGUGCCACCUGGCAAGUGCCAAUUCACGACGGAAUGGGCCUCCGUGGAGCUGCUCGAGAGGAUCGCCGUWUCCAAGACAUCGAGCGUCCUGCGAUUCGGAUUGCCAGACAAAAMGUUGCCAAUGAAUCUCUCCACGUGCGCAUGCAUCCUAGCCAAGGCCAGCAUCAAAGACAAGGACGGCAAAGAGGAAGACGUCGUGAGGCCAUAUACACCCAUCUCCACCAAUGAACUGGUAGGUUGCUUYGAUUUGUUGGUCAAGGACUAUGGCGAAAGUGGUGUUAUGUCCAACCACCUGUGCAAGACGAUAGCAGUGGGUGACUCGGUCGACUUCAAGCACAUCGAAUUCAACGUCAAGCUGCAGGCCCCCUUUUCGCAAAAGAAGAUCAUCAUGAUGGUGGGCGGGACCGGUAUCACACCAAUGAUUCAGGCWUUGCACGCUAUUCUCGGUGGCGAUAACGACAACGAGGUCGUUAUGUUUUACGGGAGCCGCACCGAAGACGACAUUCUUGGACGAACCCUGAUYGAUUCUUGGGCKAAGGAAUACCCUGACAAACUCAAGGUCGUGCAUGUGUUGUCGGAAGUUUCUUCUACCGACGAUUGGAAGGGACRCAUCGGGUACAUCACAAAGGAGUUGGUUGAAGAUGAAGCUGGGUCCGCCUUUGGACCGGAAUGCGGCGACGAUGUCAUUGUCUUUGUGUGCGGACCACCGCCAAUGUACAGCGCUCUCUGUGGUCCGCGUGGCGAAGACGAAAUCAAGGGGCUGUUGGCGGACAUGGGAUACAAAAAGGAACAGGUUUACAAAUUCUAGACAGAAACAAYGGAAGAAACGCGUUUGUGAAAGGUCCUAAUUGGCGAAAUUUCGACGUUAGUAGUUCACUUGAAUCUCCACUAUUUUUUCAACAAAAUAUCAGUAGAUUCCGUGCGCGAAGAUAAUGUUUCCGGUCGGCACYCAUCACCCUAAUACAGGCAUAGAGACCGU